CACUGUUCUCAGCUCUGUAUAACUAUUAACUCAGAGGGUACAAAUAUUAACUUAAGAGAUGUUGCAGGAAAAAAAAAAAAAAAACCGCCUCUGGCACUUUAAGGUUGGCCUCCCCCUCAAAACCCCCGCAACCGUCCCAAGCCCUUUCCAGGGACUGGGACUACGGCCCCUCGUCCGACCUUCUCGCGGGCUUCCUACUGCGCCAAUCAAAGCCUAGAAACCGUGAGGGCUAGAGGCCCGGCUGCUAAGCAACGGCAGAGGGCGGGAAGUUUGAACGUUCUGGGCCCGCCCCGAAGGCGAAUAGGCCAAUCAGCGUCCAGACUCUUCAGCUACGGCAGUCCGCUUCUCCUCCUCGCCCCGUCGGAUCUCUAGGCUGGAUCUGGGCCUCUCCAAUCAAUAGCGGCUAGGAGGGCGGGGCGCAUGCGCGCGCACCUCGCUCACGCGCCGGCGCGCUCCUCCUGCAGGCUUGCGGCGGUCGGUCAGCGGGGCGUUCUCCCGCGUGUCGCGACUCAGAGCCUCCAAGCUCAUGGCCUCCUUAGGAGCGAACCCAAGGAGGACACCGCAGGGACCGGGACCUGAGGCGGCCUCCUCCGGCUUCCCCAGCCCGGCCCCAGUGCCGAGCCCCAGGGAGGCCGAAGAGGAGGAAGUCGAGGAGGAGGAGGAGGAGCUGGCCGAGAUCCAUCUGUGUGUGCUGUGGAAUUCAGGAUACUUGGGCAUUGCCUACUAUGAUACUAGUGACUCCACUAUCCACUUCAUGCCAGAUGCCCCAGACUACGAGAGCCUCAAGCUUCUCCAGAGAGUUCUGGAUGAGAUCAAUCCCCUGUCUGUUGUUACGAGUGCCAAACAGGAUGAGAAUAUGACUCGAUUUCUGGGAAAGCUUGCCUCCCAGGAGCACAGAGAGCCUAAAAGACCUGAAAUCAUAUUUUUGCCAAGUGUGGAUUUUGGUCUGGAGAUAAGCAAACAACGUCUCCUUUCUGGAAACUACUCCUUCAUCCCAGACUCCAUGACUGCCACUGAGAAAAUCCUCUUCCUCUCUUCCAUUAUUCCCUUUGACUGCCUCCUCACACCCCUAGGAGAUUUAAGAUUUACCCCAAUUCCACUGCUGAUCCCCUCCCAGGUUCGAGCACUUGGAGGGCUGCUGAAGUUCCUGGGUCGAAGAAGAAUCGGGGUUGAACUGGAAGACUAUAAUGUCAGCGUCCCUAUCCUGGGCUUUAAGAAAUUUAUGUUGACUCAUCUGGUGAACAUAGAUCAAGACACUUACAGUGUUCUACAGAUUUUUAAGAGUGAGUCUCACCCCUCAGUGUACAAAGUGGCCAGUGGACUGAAGGAGGGGCUCAGCCUCUUUGGAAUCCUCAACAGAUGCCGCUGUAAGUGGGGAGAGAAGCUGCUCAGGCUAUGGUUCACACGUCCGACUCAUGACCUGGGGGAACUCAAUUCUCGUCUGGAUGUCAUUCAGUUUUUUCUGCUGCCCCAGAAUCUGGACGUGGCUCAGAUGCUGCAUCGGCUCCUGGGUCACAUCAAGAACGUGCCUCUGAUUCUGAAACGCAUGAAGUUGUCCCACACCAAGGUCAGCGACUGGCAAGUUCUCUACAAGACUGUGUACAGUGCCCUGGGCCUGAGGGAUGCCUGCCGCUCCCUGCCGCAGUCCAUCCAGCUCUUUCGGGACAUUGCCCAAGAGUUCUCUGAUGACCUGCACCAUAUCGCCAGCCUCAUUGGGAAAGUAGUGGACUUUGAGGGCAGCCUUGCUGAAAAUCGCUUCACAGUCCUCCCCAACAUAGAUCCUGAAAUUGAUGAGAAAAAGCGAAGACUGAUGGGACUUCCCAAUUUCCUUACUGAGGUUGCCCGCAAGGAGCUGGAGAAUCUGGACUCCCGUAUUCCUUCAUGCAGUGUCAUCUACAUCCCUCUGAUUGGCUUCCUUCUUUCUAUUCCCCGCCUGCCUUCCAUGGUAGAGGCCAGUGACUUUGAGAUUAAUGGACUGGACUUCAUGUUUCUCUCAGAGGAGAAGCUACACUAUCGUAGUGCCCGAACCAAGGAGCUGGAUGCAUUGCUGGGUGACCUGCACUGCGAGAUCCGGGACCAGGAGACACUGCUGAUGUACCAGCUGCAGUGCCAGGUGCUGGCACGAGCAGCUGUCUUAACCCGAGUAUUGGACCUUGCCUCCCGCCUGGACGUCCUGCUGGCUCUUGCCAGUGCUGCCCGGGACUAUGGCUACUCAAGGCCACGUUACUCCCCACAAGUCCUUGGGGUACGAAUCCAGAAUGGCAGACAUCCUCUGAUGGAACUCUGUGCCCGAACCUUUGUGCCCAACUCCACAGAAUGUGGUGGGGACAAAGGGAGGGUCAAAGUCAUCACUGGACCCAACUCAUCAGGGAAGAGCAUAUACCUCAAACAGGUAGGCUUGAUCACAUUCAUGGCCCUGGUAGGCAGCUUUGUGCCAGCAGAGGAGGCCGAAAUUGGGGCAGUAGACGCCAUCUUCACACGAAUUCAUAGCUGUGAAUCCAUCUCCCUUGGCCUCUCCACCUUCAUGAUCGACCUCAACCAGGUGGCGAAAGCAGUGAACAAUGCCACUGCACAGUCGCUGGUCCUCAUUGAUGAAUUUGGAAAGGGAACCAAUACGGUGGAUGGGCUCGCGCUUCUGGCUGCUGUGCUCCGACACUGGCUGGCACGUGGACCCACAUGCCCCCACAUCUUUGUGGCCACCAACUUUCUGAGCCUUGUUCAGCUACAGCUGCUGCCACGAGGGCCCCUGGUGCAGUAUUUGACCAUGGAGACCUGUGAGGAUGGCAACGACCUUGUCUUCUUCUAUCAGGUUUGCGAAGGUGUUGCGAAGGCCAGCCAUGCCUCCCACACAGCUGCCCAGGCUGGGCUUCCUGACAAGCUUGUGGCUCGUGGCAAGGAGGUCUCAGACUUGAUCCGCAGUGGAAAACCCAUCAAGCCUGUCAAGGAUUUGCUAAAGAAGAACCAAAUGGAAAAUUGCCAGACAUUAGUGGAUAAGUUUAUGAAACUGGAUUUGGAGGAUCCUAACCUGGACUUGAACGUUUUCAUGAGCCAGGAAGUGCUGCCUGCUGCCACCAGCAUCCUCUGAGAGUCCUUCCAGUGUCCUCCCUGGCCUCCUGAGACCCCGGUGGGCUGCCAUGCCCUCUUUGUUUCCUUAUCUCCUUCAGACCCAGAGUUUUUAGUUUCUCUAGAAAUUUUGUUUCAUAUUAGGAAUAAAGUUUAUUUUGAAGAAA